AUGAGUGCCCGUUUUUGGUUUUCUUAUGUCUCUUCAUGUCACUUGUGCUUACUACUUGUUUUGUCCCUGAUUCAUUUAUGCGUAUGUAAUCAAAACAUUGAUGACGUAUUAUGCCUCGAGAGUGAGAGACAAGCUCUGCUCCAGUUCAAGCAUGGUCUCGUAGAUGAAGCAAAUCGGCUUGCUUCUUGGGGUGGAAAGGAGAUCGACUGCUGCAAAUGGGCUGGAAUUGCUUGUGAUAAUUCUACAGGCCAUGUUCGUCAAAUUCAUCUUCCUGCACUGGAUGGUAAUUGUGGUUAUUAUGUACAACCUUUUGGGCUUAUAUAUGAAGAAACAAAAGAAUUUGAAGAUGCGAUAAAGCAGAGGUUGGGGGGGAGUUUAAGUCCUUCCUUGUUGCAUCUGAAGCAACUUAGGCAUCUAGACUUAAGCUGCAAUGAUUUUGGAGAUAUCCAAGUUCCUAAUUUUAUUGGCUCUCUUAAAAAUCUUGAGUAUCUUAAUCUUUCGUAUUCAAAUUUUGGAGGGAUUAUUCCCCCUCAAUUCGGAAACCUUUCGCAAUUGCAUGUCCUCUCUCUUGGUGAUUAUCCUAAUGGAUCUGGAUCAACAAGCAUGACGAACAUGCAUUGGUUAUCAAGCCUACGCAUGUUACAUCACUUGGAUAUGAGCAAUGUGGACCUAAGCAAAGAAACCAAUUGGCUUCAGGUGAUUAACACCCUUCCGUCUUUGGCCCAACUGCAUCUGUCUAACUGUCAACUCUUGCAUAUACAUCCCCAAGUUUCUAGUUUUAAUCUCACAUCCCUUUCCUUGCUCGAUCUUUCUGGUAACAAUUUUAAUACUUCGGUGCCACCGUGGAUGUUUGAUAUAAGUAGUCUAGUUUCAUUGGAUUUAAGUGGGUGCAAUUUUCAUGGGCCUAUUCCGAGCAGUAUAUAUAGCUUCCGCAACUUGACUUCUCUUCAGUUGCUUCACGUCUCUGAAAACGAUUUCAUGAAUUCUUCCUUAGUAUUAAAUGGAUUGUCUAGUAUCGGUGGUCAUCUGAGUUUGUUAGAUAUGAAGUCUUGUAGUAUUUCCAGCUCAGUACUUGAAUCCCUUCACAACUUGACCUCUCUUCAAAGCCUCGACCUAUCAGAAAAUCAACUGACCAACAUAAUUCCUAAAUCAUUAGGUAAUUUUUGUAAUUUAAGGGACAUGGAUUUGUCAGAUAAUGAUUUGGGUAACACAGAUUUUACAAACCUUCUUGAAAGUUUUGACAAGUGUAAAUCGCCUUCCUUGGAGUCACUACAAUUGCGUUUCUCGGGUCUUUCUGGUCGUCUACCAGAUCAACUUGGACAACUGAUCCAUUUGGAACAUCUGGAACUUGAAUAUAACCACAUUGCUGGUACAAUUCCAGAUUCCAUUGGAAUGUUAUCAUCAAUGAAGACAUUAGACCUUAGUGGAAAUCUAAUUUUCGGCCCUAUUCCAUUCUCAAUUGGACGAUUGUCAUUGUUGGAGAAUUUAGACUUUUCUUAUAACCAACUUAAUGGCAGCAUUCCUGACUCUAUUGGACGAUUGUCAUCGUUGAUAAAGUUGGAUCUUUCAAAUAACCAAUUAGACGGCAACAUUCCUGACUCUAUUGGACAAUUAUCGUUGUUGAUGGAGUUGGAUCUUUCAUAUAACCAGUUGAACGACAGCCUUCCUAAUAGCCUCGGUCAACUUUCGAAGUUGAAAGAAUUAAAAUUUUUUAACAACUUGCUGACCGGUGAUGUUACAGAAGCUCAUUUUGCCAAACUAUCAAGUUUGAAAUCUCUAAAUGAUAAACGAUUUAGCUCAAAAGAUCUAAAGGAAGGAAACAACUUAACCCUAAGACUACAACUUGCAAACUGGAUUCCCCCUUUUCAGAUAGAAUGGUUAAUUUUGGAAGAUUGGUGUUUAGGACCUCGUUUUCCGUUCUGGCUGGGAUCACAAAAGAAAUUACAGAAUUUGGACAUGAGCAACACAGGCAUUUCACACAUGCCUCCCGAGUCAUUUUGGAGAUCAUUUCCCAAUUUAAUUUACUUAGAUAUGUCAAAAAAUCAUAUCCAAGGACCGUUGUUGAGUAUCCCUGCAGGUCUUUACACACUCGACUUAAGUUCCAACAAGUUUAGGGGGAAUUUACCAGAUUUAUCCAAUAUUAGUCUGCCAAUCCAACUGGAUCUAUCAAAUAAUUCCUUUACGGGGUCAUUACAUCAUGUUUUGUGUCCCCAUGAUGUGCAAUGGACCAAGUCUCUGAAUUUAGGAUAUAACAGUUUCUCAGGGGUCAUUCCUGAAUGUUGGGAGAAGUUCUCGGAGAGAUUGUAUUUCUUGAAUUUGGAGAAUAAUAAUCUGUCGGGUGGUAUUCCAAGAACUUUGGGUUCUUCAUACACACUAAGGGCGUUGAAUCUGCGUGGGAACAAGCUCUCUGGAAGUUUUCCCGUUUCUCUGAUGAACUUGACAGGAUUGGAGAUCCUUCAACUUGGUGGAAAUGAACUUGUUGGAAGCAUUCCAGCAUGGUUUGGAAGAAACCUCUCUUUAUUGAGACUUCUCAACCUUAGAUCCAAUCAUUUUGAUGGAAAUAUUCCUCCCGAGCUUUGUUAUCAAAAACUUAUUCAGAUCUUGGACCUUGCUAAUAAUAAUCUGUCAGGAAAUAUUCCAAGAUGCUUCAACAACUUUAGUGUCCUCUCGGGGGUAGAAAAUACAUCCACAGAGACGUUUAAUUAUAGAGCCGUUGACAUAUCAGAAAAUGUUAUAAUUAGUGAUUCAUUGGUUGCAAAGGGACAAAUACACGCGUAUGACAGUAUCCUUCAUCUGGUGAUGCUAAUGGACCUUUCAAAUAACAGAUUUUCUGGGAACAUCCCUGUUGAGCUAACAACCCUCCAGAAGUUACAGUCGUUGAACUUAUCAAGAAAUCAAUUGACAGGAAGUAUCCCCGAGAAAAUUGGAAACAUAAACGCACUUGAAUCUUUUGAUGUGUCACUGAACAAGCUUUCAGGGGAACUUCCUGUGAGCUUGUCAAGCAUAGAAUUCUUGAGCAGCUUCAAUGUGUCCUACAACAACUUGACAGGAACAAUCCCAUCGAGUACUCAGUUUCACAGCUUCGACGAGUCCAGCUUCCUUGGCAACUUACUUUGUGGAGAUCCGCUCCCUAGUUGUGCAGUUGAAGUACCUGAUACAGUAGACCAAAAUGAAGAUGAUGUAUCACACAGAGCAGAGUGGGGGUUGAUUAUUUGUAUUGUGCUUGGAUUCCUCGCUGGUUUUUGGUUUGUUGUGGCACCGUUGAUGAUCAGCAACUCAUGGAGGCUUGCAUAUUUUCGUUUCUUAGGUAAGUUGUGGUAUAUGAUGUCUGAUGUUAUGCAUAAGUAUUGUUAA